AUGAGUUGCGGGAAACACGUUUUAACCCUAGCAACAAUUAAUCCCAAUGUGAUUCACAUGGAGUAUGCUGUUCGCGGUCCCAUUGUUAUCCGCUCUCAAGAACUGGAAAGGGAGUUGCAAUUGGGGGAAAAGAAAAACUUUCAACAAGUUGUCAAAUGCAACAUCGGUGAUUGUCACGCUACGGGUCAGAAACCCAUUACAUUCUUCCGUCAAGUCAUUGCUCUCUGCAGCUACCCUCCUCUCUUAGAAGAUCCAAAUUUUCCUGAGGAUGCGAAAGCGCGCGCUCGUAGCAUUUUGGCCGGUUGUGCUGGUAAAAGUGUUGGCUCGUAUAGCAUUUCAAUCGGAGUGACUUCUAUUCGUGAGCGAAUUUCUGAGUAUAUCCGGUGUCGAGAUGGCAUUCCCGCUAAUCAUGCUAACAUUUUUCUCUCAAAUGGUGCUAGCGAGGCUGUCAAAGCUGUUCUGCUUCUUCUCUCCUCUUCGCAACCCGGACCAGAUCGAGCUGGUGUAAUGGUUCCAAUCCCACAGUACCCACUCUAUUCGGCCACUAUUUCGGAGUACGACGCCUGCCAGAUAAACUACUAUUUGGAUGAAGACAAUAACUGGGAUUUGAAAGUGACUGAACUCGAAAGGGCCUUGACAGAAGCAAAGGGGAGGUGCAAGCCGCGGGCGCUGGUUGUCAUUAAUCCUGGAAAUCCCACUGGCCAGGUUAUUUCUAGGCAAAGCAUGGAGGAGAUCAUCCGUUUUGUGAAGCGUCACAAUCUCGUUCUAUUAGCUGAUGAGGUCUAUCAAUUCAACGUCUAUCAUCCCGAAAUUACACCUUGGACGUCCUUCAAGAAGGUCCUUCAUGAAAUGGGUCCUGAAUAUGCGGAUAGCGUGGAACUUGCCUCCUUCAUGUCCGCUAGCAAGGGCUACAUGGGCGAAUGUGGUUUCCGUGGCGGUUACUGCGAGUUGAUCAACUUUGAUCCCGGUGUGCAAGCCCAGCUCUUCAAGUAUCUCUCUGCUCGACUCUGUCCCGCUGUUUUGGGUCAGGUUAUGAUAGGGGUGAUCUGCGAUCCUCCAAGGCCGAGCGAACCCUCCUACGACCUCUACAUCCGCGAGCGGGACUCGGUGUUGGCAGAUUUGAAGGAGAAAGCUCAACUGGCUACAGACACUUUGAAUAGUCUGGAGGGUGUCACAUGCAACGCCGUACAGGGGGCCAUGUACGCUUUUCCUCAAAUUCGACUGCCUCCGAAUGCUAUUGCUGCCGCGAAGUUACCCAGUCCACUUAGGGAGAAUUCCACUUUCAAGUAUGAACGAAAUCGAGAAGUAGGAGAUUUUGAGCAGAUUAUACUGCGCUGUCAUCAGGGCGACUUCAGAAGUACUCGAGAAGGCGCUGCGGAAAAGGGCAUGGAGCCGGACUUCUUUUACUGCCUCUCCUUGCUGGAAGAAAAGGGCAUCUGCUUCGUGCCUGGCUCUGGAUUCGGUCAAAAAGCGGGCACCUAUCAUUUUCGCACGACGAUUCUGCCCUCGGUUCCGGUGAUGCGUCGAGUGAUGGCCGACCUGGCGGACUUCCACAAGGCCUUCUUAGCUAAGUACUCCUGA